GCGUUACAUGCAUGUCCAGUGGGGGUAGGUUUAAUUUUGACGAUGGAGGGUCCUACUGCGGAGGCUGGGAGGACGGCAAGGCGCACGGCCAUGGCGUCUGCACCGGCCCGAAGGGCCAGGGCGAAUACACCGGCUCGUGGAGCCACGGCUUUGAGGUGCUGGGCGUCUACACCUGGCCAAGCGGCAACACGUACCAAGGCACCUGGGCGCAGGGCAAGCGCCACGGCAUCGGCCUGGAGAGCAAGGGGAAGUGGGUGUACAAGGGCGAGUGGACGCACGGAUUUAAGGGGCGCUACGGGGUGCGGGAGUGCACGGGCAACGGAGCCAAAUACGAAGGGACCUGGAGCAACGGACUGCAGGAUGGCUAUGGCACGGAGACCUACUCGGAUGGAGGAACGUACCAGGGCCAAUGGGUUGGUGGCAUGCGCCAGGGCUAUGGUGUGCGGCAGAGUGUCCCUUAUGGCAUGGCCGCAGUCAUCCGCUCGCCCCUGAGGACCUCCAUCAACUCCCUGCGCAGCGAGCACACCAACGGGGCGGCACUGCACCCGGACGCCUCCCCAGCAGUGGCCGGCAGUCCGGCCGUGUCCCGUGGUGGCUUCGUGCUGGUGGCCCACAGUGACUCGGAGAUCCUCAAGAGCAAGAAGAAGGGACUGUUCCGGCGCUCGCUGCUGAGCGGCCUGAAGCUGCGCAAGUCUGAGUCCAAGAGCAGCCUGGCCAGCCAGCGCAGCAAGCAGAGCUCCUUCCGCAGCGAGGCCGGGAUGAGCACCGUGAGCUCCACGGCCAGCGACAUCCACUCCACCAUCAGCCUGGGCGAGGCCGAGGCUGAGCUGGCGGUCAUUGAGGACGACAUCGACGCCACUACCACCGAGACCUACGUGGGUGAAUGGAAGAACGACAAACGCUCAGGCUUCGGUGUGAGCCAGCGCUCAGACGGGCUUAAGUAUGAGGGCGAGUGGGUCAGCAACCGCCGGCACGGGUACGGGUGCAUGACUUUCCCCGACGGCACCAAGGAGGAGGGGAAGUACAAGCAGAACGUGCUCGUGAGCGGCAAACGCAAGAAUCUCAUCCCGCUGCGUGCCAGCAAGAUCCGGGAGAAGGUGGACCGGGCCGUGGAGGCAGCUGAGAGGGCGGCCACCAUCGCCAAGCAGAAAGCCGAGAUCGCUGCGUCCAGGACCUCCCACUCACGGGCCAAGGCUGAGGCAGCACUUACUGCGGCUCAGAAAGCCCAGGAGGAAGCGCGGAUCGCCAGGAUCACUGCCAAAGAGUUCUCUCCCUCCUUCCAGCACAGGGAAAACGGGCUUGAGUACCAGAGGCCAAAGCACCAGAUGUCCUGCGAUGACAUCGAGGUGCUCUCCACCGGGACACCCCUGCAGCAGGAGAGCCCCGAGCUGUACCGAAAGGGCACCACCCCUUCUGAUCUGACCCCCGACGACAGUCCCCUGCAGAGCUUCCCCGCCAGUCCCACAUCUACCCCUCCGCCAGCUCCUGCCUCCAGGACCAAGAUGGCCCACUUCUCCAGGCAGGUCUCCGUGGACGAGGAGCGAAGCGGGGACAUCCAGAUGCUCCUCGAGGGCCGCGGAGGGGACUAUGCCCGCAACAGCUGGGGCGAGGAGAAGGCUGGGGCCUCUAGGGGUAUCCGCAGCGGUGCCCUACGCAGCGGCCAGCCCACUGAGGACUUCCGCACCCGGGGCUCAGGCCACAAGCAGCCUGGGAACCCCAAGCCCCGGGAGCGGCGGACGGAGUCCCCCACCACGUUCUCGUGGACUUCCCACCACCGGGCAGGCAAUCCCUGUUCUGGGGGCCCCAAGCUGCUAGAGCCAGAUGAGGAGCAGCUGAGCAACUACAAGCUGGAGAUGAAGCCCUUACUGAGGAUGGAUGCCUGUCCACAGGAUACGCACCCACAGAGACGGCGUCACAGCCGGGGUGCUGGGGGGGACCGGGGCUUCGGGCUACAGAGACUGAGGUCUAAGUCCCAAAACAAGGAGAACCUUAGGCCAGCCUCCUCUGCAGAACCCACGGUGCAGAAACUCGAGAGCCUGCGGCUGGGGGACCGGCCCGAGCCCCGUCUGCUGCGUUGGGACCUGACCUUCUCCCCACCCCAGAAGUCCCUGCCUGUUGCACUCGAGUCUGACGAGGAGACUGGAGAUGAGCUCAAGUCCAGCACGGGCUCAGCUCCCAUCUUGGUCGUCAUGGUGAUCCUGCUCAACAUUGGAGUCGCCAUUUUGUUUAUUAACUUUUUCAUCUGACAAGAUCGUUGUGACCACGGAAGCGAUGAUGUACAAAAGGGACGCUAAAAGCAAAACGUGGAGGGGGCUCCAUGACUCGGGACAGCCCCACGGCGCCUGUCCUUCCACAGAAGAACAACAUGAUUGGAUAUCAAUCACAGUUUGCCUUUUUUUCUGGGUAAUGUUUUUUUGGAUUUUAGCCAAAAUUCUUUGCUUGUAUAACACAAUGCUGUGUGGCCUGGAAGGAGGAGGCCGGCAUGCCACCCGUCCAGCUUGGUGUGAGCGGGUCCGGGCAAACCAGUGGCCAAAAGAUCGGGACCUUCAUGUUUCCCGCCAGGUGUGGAGGAAGGUGGCGCCUUGACCGGGGUGUCCGGCGAGCCGGGAGAGGGGGAGGGCAGCCAGGGAGUGCAGCUGUGCAAGUGAGUAGCAGGGAGUGUGGGCCCAGGCCCAGGGACAGGGUGUCCCGGCCUCUGUCUCCAUGGAGUCUGUGCUGCGUACCUGUGGAGGGAGAGGGAAGCCCCUGCUCUUCUUCCCAGAAAAGACCAUGAUCCCUCUUCUUGGCACUGCCCCAAGGCUCUCCUAAGGAGGCCUCCUCCCCACACUGAGUCUUAAGGCAAAGUCUGUUCCCUGCUGUCCUCCGCUCACUCAUUGUUGGCCCUGUCCAGCCAUCCUCCCUCCAGACCCAGGGAGGCCAUGCUGCAGACGUCCAGGGCUGACCCCGACCUGGCCGGGCACAUCUGAGCCCUGAUGCCAAGGGGGCUAUGGCCCACAUGCCCCGGACUGCCUGACAGCACGCCUGGGUUCUGUCUGAGCAUGUGCCGUUCGUUUUGCACCUAGUAUGCAGGAUGUAUAUUCAGGCUUCCGUGUCCCUGGCAGUGGCGCCCCACGGAGGACGUCACCUCUCACUGACCUCCACGGGGUCUCACAUCUUUGCACUGUGCCUGCCUCGACUUCCCCUAACAGAUAUGCAUAUUCCCUCCAGAUGCCUCAGAGCUACUCCAGAGAGUCUGGUCCCGGGACAGGAAUGUGGUUGAAGCCAGUGGCUAGAAUGCCCUGGGCCCUGUUGUAUACCCAGCACUCCCGGAUGUACAAUGUAACUUGUUUCAGUCAAACAACAGGUUCCUCAUGUCUCUGCCUUCUCUACCAGGGUUGUUCCCUCAUCCAAACAAAUGAACAAGGGAUGCCAGCCCGCCUGGCCCCCGUGGCUCCGUCAGUCUCUUUGGGUGCGCCCGCCCGUCUGUCUUACGGACUCCGCCUUGCUUUGCUUGUGUUCUCUGCUACCUUUUGAGCAGAUUUCUUUACUACAGUGCACUGGAUUGCUAUAUUUUUAACCAGAAAUAAACUACAGAUUAGAGCAUGUUCCAGCGACGCUCAGCUUUCUUGUUUCCGUUAUCCACACUGUUCCCUGUCCACCGCCUGUCCCUCCUCCGAGCUGGUUUGGAUCCGGGGGAGGUUGAAGGGAGAGAGAGGUUCAGCAGGUGACCCGAUGCAUUUCUGGUUUCUAAGGGGUUCCAUCUUUUUUGUACAGCGUACUUUUCCCUUCACCUUUUUUUAAUAUCAAGUGGUUGCUGCAGAUCUGGUGUGAACCAAAUAAAGAUUCCUGCUCUUUGCAGCCAUGAGAGCCGUCCAUACUGGGCUAUGUGAAUUGUAUUUGUCUGCAGAGGCGAGGGGCUCAAUGUGCAUCCCAGAAGCUCCUUGCCCAUCAGGGUUGCCUAUUCACAUCACCUGACACACUCAUAAAGCACAGCCCAAAUGUGCUUAAGGGGCAUUGGCAGGGGGCAGCGCCCACCCACUCACUUGCUAUGAGUGAUGUUGCCAUAGCCCAGAGUCCGCAGCCUGGCAUCCCACUGGCUGUAGUGUGCGGUAGAGUGGGUUCCAGGCAGGGGAUGGAGACUGAGCACACUGGAUCCUGAAGGAUCCAACAGGCUGGCAGGCAGGGAAGGGGACACCUUGCUGCAGCCUGUGGCCACCGUUCUCCCGCCCCUGCAGAGCCUGCAGCAUGCUGAGCGAGAUGAGGAUGGUAGCUGGCGGGGACAGGACAGUGUCACUCUGGCUCCCGGGCACACCGUGUGUCAUGAGUUUUUAACAGAGAUCCAGCCUAGCCUCAGAAGACACACUUUUUUCCAGGGUGAAGGGAAAUCCUUCCUGACACCCAAGGCCCUUGGUGCCUGCAACAUGGCUGUACAGCUGUUGAGCACUGAGUCCUGCAUAUUGCAAACUCACUCUUGCACGUAUGGAGGGAGUCCCAAAGUCACACACACACACAUACACCAGGCAGCAGCACCGAGCAUCAGCUGACUGGCCAUGAUGGCGGUGGUGGUGGUCAGAAGUCCCACGGCUUUCCAUGACCUCCUGACAGACAGCUGACAAAGGCUCCUCCACGUCCACACUAACCCCAGGAGCCACCGCCCGUGGUCACGAGUGGCCAGGUUGGUGCCCGGGGCAAGCAGAGGACAGCCACGUAUCCCACUUCCAGAGUGUCCUUGCUCACUGGACAAACAGGUCCAGCUUAGACAGACCAUACAUAGGGCCACCCUCAGGGAGACGGAAGACGCUGCUGGGAGCCCAGAUACCCAGAUGCCCAGUGAUGAGCAGGAGACAAAAGGUAGUUUGAGUUCGUGGUUGCCCUCCAAAGAUCUUCGAGACAGUGACCCCUGCACAGACGUCAGCCACGUCCUACCUUACAUCUGUACAGCCCUGCUCCUAAGGCCUUGUGGCUGCUUAUUCCAUCCCCUCUGUGACAUUCUGUAAGAGAGGGUUUGGGGUUACAUUCUCUUCCAGUUUACACUUGCUUUUACUGGCUCCUCCUGUUCGUGUCUUCCUCUAUAGAAGUCUCUGGCUGCGAAGCUGAGCACAAGUUCCUAUCCCAGCAUGCUUCCACAUCGCACAGUCAGCUGACAGCCACCCAGGCCACUUCCUGACACCCAACAGCCCUGGGCCACCACUUCACCACUACAGUGGGUGAGCAUCCAGAAGGGGUUGUGAGCCCUUAGCUCUGCUGUCUCUCCAAGGUCCAGCUGCAGGCCAAGCACACACCAGGACAACCAAGUGUCCCUGAAUGCCAAGAUUCAUCUGUCCU